GGCCCGGCCCGCGGCGGCGGCGGCGGCGGCGGUGGCGAAGGGGCGGAGGGGUUUGCAGCCGGCAGUUGCUAAGCUGCGGCGGCCGAGGCGGGAUGGUGUAGCCGGGCCUGCGGGCGGGCGGCGGAGCGCGGGCGGGGGCGAGGCGGCCGGGGCGGGCCGACGCCGCCCGACGGGCUCGGGAGCCCGGCAGCACGCUGAGGGGGCGGCGCCGCCGCGGGCCCCCGGCGCCGCCGCGGGAGGCCGCGCCCGCCAUGGCGGCCCGGGCGGUGCUGGACGAGUUCACGGCGCCGGCCGAGAAAGCGGCGCUGCUGGAGCGGAGCCGCGGCCGCAUCGAGGGCCUGUUCGGCGUGAGCCUGGCCGUGCUCGGCGCGCUCGGGGUCGAGGAGCCGCUGCCCGCACGCAUCUGGCUGCAGCUCCGCGGGGCGCAGGAGGCGGUGCACAGCGCCAAGGAAUAUAUUAAAGGAAUCUGUGAACCUGAGCUAGAGGAAAGAGAAUGUUACCCCAAGGCCAUGCACUGCAUUUUCGCUGGGGCAGAGAGCCUGUUUCUGAAGAGCUUGAUUCAGGAUACUUGUGCCGAUCUCUGCAUUCUGGAUAUCGGCCUGCUUGGCAUCCGAGGAAGCGCAGAGGCUGUAGUCAUGGCUAGGAGUCACAUUCAACAGUUUGUGAAACUCUUUGAGAAUAAUGAGAACCUACCCAGCAGUCAGAAAGAAUCAGAGGUGAAAAGGGAAUUCAGACAAUUUGUUGAAGCCCGUGCAGACAAUUAUACAAUGGAUUUGUUAAUUUUGCCCACUUCGUUGAAAAAAGAACUUUUGACACUCACACAAGGUGAGGAGAAUCUAUUUGAAACAGGAGAUGAUGAUGUUAUUGAAAUUAGAGAUUCUAAACAAACAGAGUUUACGCAGGAUGCUGCCACAGGGCUGAAUAUUUCCAAAGAUGAAAUUGUUUUGCAGGAAGAUGAAAGAAGUAAAGCUGGGACUCCCGUUACUGAGCUUGCAAAGCAGAUGGACACAGUCUUUUCUAGCUCACCAGAUGUGCUUUUUGUUCCAAUAAAUGGUCUAACCCCAGAUGAAGAAGCGCUUUCCAAAGAGAGAGUUUGUCACAAAAGGAGAUCUUCUGAUUCUGAAGAAAGACAUACCAAGAAGCAGUUUUCUUUGGAAAAUGUUCAAGAGGGGGAGCUUUUACAUGAGGGUAAGACAUCAGUCGGAAAUGUAAUCAUUGACCUAUCUGAUUCUUCCACUGGUUCUGAAAAUUUAAGUCCAGAUGUAAAAGACACUACUGAGGAGAUGGAAUACAACAUCCUCGUAAACUUUUUUAAAACCAUGGGCUAUUCCCAAGAAAUUGUUCAAAAGGUUAUUAGGGAGUAUGGGCCAUCUACCGAACCAUUAUUGCUCUUAGAGGAAAUUGAAAAAGAAAAUAAAAGGUUCCAAGAAGACAGAAAAUUUUCACCUGGUACUAUGUGUCCAGAGAACAACAAAACCAAAAAUAAAGGUGUUUGUAACAGCAUAAAGGAGUUCACAACAGAUUCCACUCCAAAGAAAACACAGACUCACACACAGCAAAAUAUAGUAGAAAAAUUUUCUCAGUUACCAUUCAAAGUAGAAGCUAAACCAUGUACCUCAAAUUGCAAAAUUAAUACUUUCAGAACAGUGCUGACAGAGCAGAAACAUGAAAUCUGGGGUUCAAACCAGAACUAUGUUUGUAAUGUAGACCUUGAAACUGAUGGCCUUUCACCUUCUGUUGCCCCAUCGAGUCCCAAAGAAGUCAGUUUUGUUUCAAGGGGAGCUUCAAGUCACCAGCCCAGAAGUCCAGCUUUUCCUGAAAAUGGUUUGCCGCAUCAAGCAGAACCCUUGCUUCCAAAUAAUAUGAAAUCUACCUGUGAAAAACGUUCAGGAUGUUGUAACUCUCCCCAGUCUAAGUCAAAUUGUCCACCCCUUUCUCCACCAAUGCCACUGCCCCAGCUACUACCUUUGGUUACCGAUGCAAGGUGGACAGGACCUUCUGAUCAUUUCGAUUCCUCAGUUACAGGGGUCCAAAGGUUUCGAGAUACUCUAAAAGUACCCUACAAGCUGGAAUUAAAAAAUGAACCAGGGAGAACGGAUUUGAAGCACAUUGUUAUAGAUGGGAGCAAUGUUGCAAUUACCCAUGGUCUGAAAAAGUUCUUUUCUUGUCGUGGAAUUGCAAUUGCAGUCGAAUAUUUUUGGAAGCUUGGCAACAGAAACAUCACUGUGUUUGUCCCUCAGUGGAGAACAAGACGUGAUCCUAAUGUCACAGAACAGCACUUCCUAACCCAGCUCCAGGAGCUCGGAAUAUUGUCUUUAACUCCUGCCCGGAUGGUCUUUGGAGAAAGAAUUGCUUCUCAUGAUGACAGGUUUCUACUACACCUAGCAGACAAAACUGGUGGCAUAAUUGUAACAAAUGAUAACUUCAGAGAAUUUGUGACUGAGUCCGUUUCUUGGCGAGAAAUUAUUACAAAAAGAUUGCUUCAGUAUACAUUCGUGGGGGACAUAUUUAUGGUUCCUGAUGAUCCUCUGGGAAGAAGUGGACCUCGAUUAGAAGAAUUUCUUCGAAAGGAAGACUUUCUCAGAGAUAUGCAGCCCCUACUCAAUGCCCUGCCAAAUGUGGGCAUGUUUGACCCUAGCUUCAGAGUCCCGGGCACCCAGGCAGCCAGCACCAGCCACCAGCCUCCCACCCGGAUUCAGGGAGCCCCUCCAAGCCACUGGCUUCCUCAGCAGCCCCACUUCCCACUCCUGCCGAACCUUCCCAGUAUCCAGCAGAAUCUGCCCAUGCCAGCACAGAGAUCUUCUGCGGAAACCAGUGAGCUGAGGGAAGCCCUUCUGAAGAUCUUCCCUGACUCAGAGCAAAGACUGAAAAUCGACCAGAUCUUGGUGGCCCAUCCGUACAUGAAAGAUCUGAACGCGCUCUCUGCCAUGGUGUUGGACUGAAGGUUGCGCUGAGGAGCUUGAGCUCAGGGCUAGCGGAUCGAACUCAAGCCGAUGCCUGUACCUGAUGGGAACCAGCACAAUGUGAAGAACCUGUUUCCCAGUGUAAACGCUGUUGUAUAGAAAAAAAUGUUUUGUGUACAAAAAAAAUCUGGGUUUUCAAAACCAGCUUUUUUCUAUAUAUCAAUUUUGCUGCUAUUACAGAUUUAACAUUUUCUGUAAAAGGAAAGUCUACAUUUUCUGCCUGUUCAGAACUGUUUAAUAGCAGUUACUCUUGAGUGUAUUUACAUUUUUAUGAUUUUUAAACUAUUUUCCUUAAAGCUAAAAAUAUUGACAAAUGGAUAUGGUUAGUCUUUCUAAAUAAAAAAGAGUUGCUUUCUUAAGGAAAGCAAGAUCUCUUAAAGUAUAUUUUCUUGA